AGGUGACGCCCGCUCUGGUAGUUAAGGCUUUGAAACUCAUUGGGAGGUUCUGACAAUUUAAUCGCGGAUCCUCUGCUUGCUAACUGUGCCUUACUUGCAUUUUUGACAAUUGUCUUCUCAUCAAGCUCGCCAGCGACCUUCUACUCAGCACUCCGGGGCGCCGCCUAUACGUCACAACCCCCAUUAUGUCUCAAUCAUUGCGUCCAUACCUGUUGGCUGUUAGAUCCUCACUAACGGCAGCACUCGCGAUAUCGAACUUCGCUUCUCAAACCUCCGAAAGACACAAUGUUCCCGAAAUCGAAGCCGCAACUUCUCCCGAAUUACUUCUCAACCCCCUUACAAUCUCCCGGAAUGAGAACGAGAGGGUCCUUAUCGAGCCCAGCGUGAACAGUGUCCGUGUCAGCAUCCGAAUCAAGCAGGCAGAUGAGAUCGAACAUAUCUUGGUCCACAAGUUCACUAGGUUCCUGACGCAGCGCGCGGAAUCCUUCUUCAUUCUACGGAGAAAGCCAGUGAAGGGUUAUGACAUCUCAUUCCUUAUCACGAACUUCCAUACCGAACAGAUGCUGAAACACAAACUGGUGGACUUUAUCAUUCAAUUUAUGGAGGAAGUGGACAAGGAAAUCUCGGAAAUGAAGCUCUUCUUGAAUGCCCGUGCCCGUUUCGUUGCCGAGUCGUUCCUGACACCGUUCGAUUAGAUCACCCCAGCUUCAUGGUUGGCACAUGACCUUGAUCUUCCCUUCCUCUCAGGAACAUAUCUUGUACAGAAGUUUGAUGCAUGUUCCUUUCUGCAGUCGUCCAUAUUAUAUCUCGAAAUCAAAUUUGUAGCGACCAAUUC